GAUAUUUUUGCCCCCCAAAAGAUGUCAGCGUCCUACUGUCCUUAUUCUCAUCGACAAAGCCGAUGUCACUGGAACAAAAAAAGAACUGUAAUAGCAAUUUAAAAAAUGGCAUGCCCGAAUAACAUAACAGCAGGUAACUUCCUUAUGGAUUCCUUGAUGGGAGGAUCAUCUUCUUACAGAGGUGAAGGCUAUUCUGGCAAUCCUGGAAUGUACAUUCAAACGGCUGCUGACUAUGGAUGUUCAGUGAUGAGAAAUAUUGGAAAAGUUGGACAGUCCCUUGUCAAAAUAGAUGACGUUCCUCUGGGAAGUGUCUCUCUCAGUGCAUACCAAGAUGCGCCUUACCUGUCAUCUCAAGUGGGUACUUUGGGUGCGGGGUUCAAAACUGGCAUGAACGAGCAACCUGUUGCCCGGUGUUUACAUCCUUGCUCGUUUCCAGCGGGCAACGUCAAAGAGGAGGCGUUUUGUUGUCUUUAUAGUGACAGUGGCAGGGCUGAAGAGGUAACCGAGUCGGCCACUUACAUCCGGCUUGGAGACAACAGCCAGUCUGACCAAACCGUUGUCUCGUCACCCGAGUGCUUCCAAACAACUCAAAUGUACAGCCGAGAGAGGCUACAGUUCGCUCCAGACUUUGCUUUGGUCCAACCAACAGCAUCGCCAACUAAAUCAACGGAAAGUGUCGGUAAACCGAGCCAGGGCGCAAAACUCCUGGCCUCGAAGGGCGAAGAUCAAAAACAGAGAAAUGUCAGCAAGGAGAAGCAGGCCAAGACUGACAGUUGUUCUGAUAACUCCGACGAGGAUUUUAAAGAAGACUGCUCAUUGGAAAACGCAGUGGGAAACUGGCUUAAAGCCAAAAGUGGACGAAAGAAGAGAUGUCCAUACACAAAGCAUCAAACGCUGGAGCUGGAGAAGGAGUUCUUGUUCAACAUGUAUUUGUCUCGCGAGCGCCGUCUGGAGAUCAGCAAGAGUAUCAAUCUGACUGAUAGGCAGGUCAAGAUCUGGUUUCAGAACCGAAGAAUGAAACUGAAGAAACUGAAUAGGGAAAGUCGUGGUCGGGAGCUCACACCAGUCUUUAACUUCUCCUGAACCCCCCAAAUAUUUCUAAACCAUUACACAUAGACACACAUAUUCACAUACAAACGGUAUCUUGUAAAGACAAACGCAACGAAACUCCACAAACAAUAGGCUACUUAAAACACAUACAUACACACACACACAGCGUGCCUUCAUAUACUGAACAAGUUUGAAACAAUACCAAAAAGUGAGGUUUUUGGUCAAGUAUGUAUAGAUUAGAUCCUUGUGAACAUUGUUGCAUACUGGCUAAUGAUAACUGUUAUGCCCUGGCCUUAGUGUCCAUGAGUAAGGGUGAAGGCCUAAAUUUGACACUUCACAACUUCAAGUUGUUUUAUUCAACCAUUGUCAUGAAGGAAGCUGUUGACCUCUGAGAAAUGUUCUGCACAAUAAUAGUUUAAUUGUCUAGUCUUUUUUGGUAAAAGCUAUUUCCGUGCGAUGUAAUUUGCAUGCACAUCAGUAUACAUCAUUUUAUAACUCUAGGAGAAAACGUCACCAAAAGAAUAAAAAUAUGGGAUUUGGAAAGAUAUAAACUACAGUUUGUCCUUCAGUAGGUUGUAUCCUCUCUGGCACUGCUGUUGAGAAUGAAGGAGAGGGAG